AUGUCUUCCCAACAGUAUCGUUCUACUCGUUCCACCCAACCUGAAACUUUUUCUUUUGAAGAAACUGUCAUUACUGGAUUGGCUUCCGAUGGUGGUUUAUUUCUUCCUUCUGUUAUUCCCCAAGUUUCAUUGGAAACAUUAAAAGAAUGGUCAAACUUAUCAUUUCAAGAUCUAGCUCAUGAAAUAAUGAAAUUGUACAUUUCAAACGAUGAAAUCCCUGAAUCUGAUUUGAAAGAUUUAAUUCAAGCUUCUUAUUCAACUUUUAGAUCAACUGAAAUUACUCCAUUAGUUCCAUUAAUUGAGUCUAAAAAUUUAUAUUUAUUAGAAUUAUUUCACGGUCCAACAUUUGCCUUCAAAGAUGUUGCUUUACAAUUUGUUGGUAAUUUAUUUGAAUAUUUCUUAAAAAGAAAAAAUUCCAAAUUAGAUGAAAAUUCGAAGGAAAGACACAAGAUUACUGUGGUAGGUGCAACUAGUGGUGAUACUGGUUCUGCUGCUAUUUAUGGGUUAAGAGGUAAAAAAGAUGUAUCGGUCUUUAUUUUAUACCCAACCAAUAGAAUUUCAUCAAUUCAAGAACUCCAAAUGACCUCUGUUUUAGAUGCGAAUGUCCAUUGUCUUUCAGUUCUGGGAACCUUUGACGAUUGUCAAGAUAUCGUCAAAACAUUAUUUCGUGAUAAAGAAUUCAAUGAUAAAUAUCAUAUUGGAGCCAUUAAUUCUAUAAAUUGGGCUAGAAUUUUAGCACAAAUUACGUAUUAUUUUUAUUCAUUUUUCAAGUUGAAUAAAAACUUGGACAUAAAUAAAAAAAUCAAAUACGUUGUGCCAAGUGGUAAUUUUGGAGAUGUUCUUGCAGGAUAUUUUGCUAAAAAAAUGGGAUUACCAAUUGAAAAGUUGGUGAUUGCAACUAAUGAAAAUGAUAUUUUAGACAGGUUUAUGAAAACCGGUAAAUACCAAAAGGAAUCUGUUGGUGUUAAAUCGACAUUAUCACCAGCCAUGGAUAUUUUAAUUUCAAGUAAUUUUGAAAGAUUAUUAUGGUAUUUAAUCAAAGAUAAUUUGACUAAUAACAAUGAUUUGGAAGCUGGAAAGGUUUUAAAUGAUUGGAUGGUUAGUUUAAAGGAAAAUAAUUUAAUUGAAGCACCAAGUGAGGUUUUAAAAGCAGCAUUGAAAGAUUUUGAUUCGGAAAGAGUUUCAAAUGAAGAAACAUUAGAAACAAUAAAGGAGAUUUAUCAGGUUGCAGAAAAAUAUAUUUUGGAUCCUCAUACAUCAGUUGGUGUUACUUCAUCAUUAAGACAUAUUCAAAAGGAUGAACAGAAUAAUGAGCAAAAGUAUUACAUUUCAUUAUCAACAGCACAUCCAGCUAAAUUUGCUGAUGCAGUAAAUGAGGCAUUGGAGGAAAAUAAAGGAUAUAAUUUUGAUAAUGAUGUGUUACCUGAAGAAUUGAAGAGUUUGGGUAAAGAGGGAAGAAGAGUGACAUUUGUUGAUGAUAACAGUGUUUCUGAAGUUAAGAAAGUAAUUAUUGAGAAAUUGGCUGAAGAAAACAAAAUUUAA